ACCCAGUCAGCGCUUACGCGGAGGCUGCCCCACAAAACGGAACGGCUCGAAAGUGAGCGCCAGUUGAGCAACGCGCGCAGUACUUAGCCGCUGGGUAGUUAGUGGACGUCGUGCUCGUCUCUUGUAUACGCGCUGCUACCGUUAUUACUUUACGGACGAGGAAAGGAGACAGUGAAACAUGAGUGGACACGUAGGUAGCCUCAGCGUCAAGCAGGAACAGACACUUCAAGAGUUUCGCAAAGCUAUUGGGGACCUGCUGAAUGAAGAGCGAGACGACGACUACUACUUGCUACGAUGGCUAAGAGCGAGAGAUUUCAACGCGGGCAAAGCAGAACAAAUGAUUCGAGAGCACAUCGUUUGGAGGGAGCACUACGACACCGACAACAUACUGGAUGGCCCGGAGUCACCUCUGGUUCUCCGCAAGUAUUACCCCGGAGGACUGAUUGGCCCCGACCGCGACGGGUGUCCCGUGUGGAUCAUACCCUUCGGAAUUAGUGACCUUAAAGGAAUUCUCAUGAGUGUUACCAGAGGGGAAAUGAUGAAGCACGUCAUCCGAUCGUUUGAAGUUGGUGAGACCUACAUGAAGAAGCAAUCUAAGCUGCUGGGACGAACGAUCGAGACUCAGAUAUUUGUGUUCGACUUUGACGGCUUCAGCCUCAGGAGCAUCGCAUCUAAAGCAGUGCUCGAUUUCAUAACGGAUUUGAUGUCUCUUUUCGAGAACAACUAUCCUGAAAGGCUCAAGGCAGCGUACGUUGUGAACGCUCCCCGAAUAUUCCCGAUGUUCUGGAAGAUCAUUCGUCCUUUCAUCUGUGAAAAUACCGCGAAGAAAGUACGCAUCUUCGGCAGAGAUGGAUGGAAAGAGAUUCUAUUAGACAUGGUUGGAGCUGAUGUUCUUCCAGCUCACUGGGGAGGAACGAGGACGGACCCGGAUGGCAAUCCAAGAUGUCCUUCCGUCGUACUCGGAGGCUACGAAGUCCCCAGCUUCUACUACAGGACGUCCAGACCUCAGGAAGGGAGCGAAGGGGACAGUGACGACAGCAGCAACGACUCCGGUUCACGCAUGUGCAUCGUGGACAGGCAGAGCUCGCUCGAAGUUCCCGUCGAGGUCUCCCAGUCUGGAUCUCUUCUCUCUUGGGAGUUCCAAAGCGAGCAAGAUAAGGAUGUUGGGUUUGGAGUCUACUACCACGGCGGUACUCUCCCUGGAGAUUCACUCAAGGAGCUCCUGAAGCCCUCACGGGUGAUCUGCCGCGGUGCACCUGAGACAGGCGCGCUGACUUGCUCCCAGCCAGGAGUAUAUGUACUGAAGUUUGACAACUCCUUCAGCUGGUUUACGCAGAAGAAAGUGAGCUACAGUGUACGUGUGACACCCCCGACAGAGUGCGUAGCGUGAACUAAAAUGCAUCUUCAAUUUCUUUGUGAAAAAUGAACAGAGGCUGUUUGCAGUCAUACGUUGUACACGCCGGCCCAUUUUAUGUGCAUAGAAAAAUACACUCCGUCAAAAGGCGCAGAAUACACCGCAGAAGGUUUUUCUAUGCGCCAGAAAAUGGACGCACAUUUCUGACAGAAUUGCAACUUCGAACAUGUGUAUGCGUACAGGCAAGCUUGACAGGCACCACCGCACGUUCACCGUCGUCUCCUCUGUGUAACACUUGCGCCGUGAGUCCACCAAGCGCAAGUUCCCGCUUUCAGAUGGGACGUCUACCAUCAUAACCUACUAACUCUCCGUCAUUAGUAUACAUGCGCCAACAUCGUCAUCAUCAUUUGUUUGUCCAACACUUCAAUAAAGAUAUUUACUCCCA